CUCCCAGCGAAGCCUUCCCCUUCCCUGCCCUUCCGCUCCCCUUUCCUUUCCCCUUCGCUUCGCUGGGUUUGCUUCAUUGGGCCAGGGGGCGGGGGUGUAUCGAUCGUUACAUGGCAAAUUGGAGCAAUCGGGGGAGUUGCUGUAAUGUGAAGGGCCCUGAAGAAGAGUGGGCACUGCAUCGGAGCUGGACUGUUGUGGAGGAGGACGAGGACGAGGAGAUCACCGUGGGUUGUAGGCUAAGCUUUGGAGAUCUGCACUUCUUUUCGAUGGUUGUGACAAUUGGGGACAUGUAAGCGCCCUCACUGCUACUGAAAUCAUCUCAUUGCUUAAAGAUUUCUGGAGAGCUGAAUGACAGAGGUUCGUUUGUGUGGAGAAUUCAAAAGUGGAAGUGAAUAACGACAACUGGACUAGACCUUGCUAAAUCGUAAUGGCAGAUCCUAUCAAAGCCGAAGCGUCAGCUGAUAGCGCACAUGAAAGUAUCACUUCCGUUGUUGUCCAAUCUGAGCCAACAGAUGCCGCUCGACCCCUUGCGGCGUUAGAUGUGAAUACUCCUAUUGGUGGAGGUAGUCACCGCAAACGAGCUGUGCAACAUGUUUCUACAAGGGCCACGAGAAAAGCUGUUGUUAGUUGGAUGAUUGAAGAUGAGGCCAUCAACGGGAAGAAACUGCUCAUUUCACGAGCAGUGAGAGCUUUCCCCGAACAUUUUUUUGGAGCCGACAAGUCUAACUUGCAAAAAGCUUCGUGUUGGUGGAAAAGGCGCGAUGAAAUUCUUGAAGAUAACGACGAUGACCAUGACCCUGAAGUGACAUGCAGGGUUCGAGUUAGUAGUCGUGGUAGCCUCAAGGCUCGAGCAGGGCGCGGACGCAAGCGUGCUGCAAGGAUUAUUCGUGCUCCAGUACUUGGAGUUUUAGAUGCGAAAAGGGCGAGGCGUGGCCGCGUCACAAAUCAUGGCAGCAAGAACGGCAAGCGUGCCUUGCAACAUGUUUCCACAAUGGCUACGAGAAAGGCUGUUGUGAGCUGGAUGAUCGAAGAUGAAGCUAUCCAUGGAGAGAAGUGCCUUAUUUCACGAACCGUUAAAGCGUUUCCUGAACACUUCUGCGGGAACGAUAAAGCUAAUCUAGCGAAAGUUUCGCGAUGGUGGAAAGCGCGGGAUGAAAUCCUGCAGGAUGACGAUGAAGAGGGUGUUACUUCAGAUAAGCACAGCUUGGCUCUGAUUAACAGUCGUCCCCAGGUGCGAUUGAAGGCAAGACCAGGCCGGGGACGCAAGCGAGCUGCCUGGGUUAGCUGGCUCCACACCCAACUUCUGGAGGAAACUGGGCGACUUCGCAAGAUAGGAGUGAAGGUGUCGCCGAAGCUGUUGCAAGAGAUUGCCUGCCAUAUCCUUCGUAUGUCUAAUGCAGAAUUCAAUGAAAAGACACUCGAUCCAAAAGACAGCGUUCCUAUCGUUCAGAAAAUCACCCCCCAGUGGAUCCAAGGGUUUAUGAAUCGAACAAAGGUUGCCAGGGAUCCCGACGUCAAGAUGAUAACUGACUCGCAACCCGACGUAUCAUAGAAUGCUCUAUGCUUCUGAAAAAAAUAUAUAUACAUAUAUAUAUUUAACAAAUCCAAUGAGCAUGGAGUUCUCUAUGGCCAGUAAACGCAUCAAUUCAUGUCCAGCACGUGAAAAGUUGUGGGUCAGGCAUGUUUCUAAGAAAGAGGAUUCACACAUACUUCGGCGUUUUCAGUAGUUGCUACUCGGAUGUGAAGGCUUGGGGUUAAGCCGGAUGGUCUUCUCAAACCAUGCUUUUCACGUGCAAACCCCGAGCUUCCGGCAAACCGAGGAGUUCUGCAGCACAACAGAAGACGUUGCUGCUUCUCUAAUCUAGCCCAAGAUAGUAUCCUGCUCUGUCUACAUUGUGUGUAUAAUGUUACUGGUUGGGUUUGCGGGCUUCGGAGAUCUGUUACAGGGCUAGUAAGAAUUUUCAGCAGAAUGCAAAAGCAUUACUCUGUUCGUUCUCGCUCUACAAGCUUCAGCAUUUGUACAUUCUAAUUCCAUGUCAUGCAUUGACAAGAAAAAGCAUUGCCGUCAAUUAUGCACUGAGCUUUGGCUUGUCUUCACAUUAUCACUC